GUUUCGCUUUCAUUAUUUCGUUCUUACCGAUUUCGUUUCCGUUUCCGUUCAUUUUGGUUGCCGUUUUUGUUUUGCGUCCGCCUUUAACCCUCUUUCAUGCGCAUUUAACCCUCGGUUCAGGUUUUCUUAUUCCAUCCGACCAUGUUCCAUUUUUUGACAUUCUCCCAUCUCUGUGGUUCUUUGAUUUAAAUAGUACUGAAUUUUGACUUAAUAAUGGAAUACAUUCUAUGGUCUGCAAACCAAUCUUUUCUUUAAAUAACAAAUAACUUAACAAAAAUUAACGUAGGGAUAACAAAGAUUAACUUGAACUCUUUCAUCUGAUUUUAACUCACAAAUGGAAAAAGGGGGUUGUUAAAGAAAUAAUAAUAUAAUAAUUAUAGACUGAUGGCACAGAAAGUUGAAACUAAAUGAUUGAUUACGGUAAAUAGGAAACAAUUCCAUUGAUGAUACCUAUGGUUUUGAAUCAUUUCUAAAUUUUUGUUUAAUCCCAGUAGUCGAUAUUAUAAUGCUGUCAAAAUUGUAACAUGCCUAAGGUAUUGUACUCUAAAGCACGUUCGAAAACGGAUAAAAUUCAAAAAAAAUUGUUGUAUACCUUUUCUUCUCUUUCCGCAUACGGCUCCUCUAAGUUCCUCUAAGUUCAAAGGUGAACUAAAUUACGAUCGAUAAAUAUCAGCGGAACGGUGGAGACCGAAAGCGCAGACAAUCGAAUGUGAUACUUAAAGUAAUUGAGGAAAAGCGUAAGAUCUGAGAACUGCCAAAUUAUAUUCCAAAGAAAUCGAGGGAGAUAAAUUCCUAGUGUUGACUGAAAAGAAUACGAAGAAGCCACCAUGAACAAUGCACAGAGCGAAGACCUUUGCCACCAAAAAUCCCUGAACCUGCUGGACAAAACGCUGCCCAUUUCGGUGGCCACCGCACCACAGUUGCGCACUCCCCGGCAAUUCAGUUUCAAUGGGAUGCGGUACGAGAUGAGUGGGUUGCUGCCACCGCAGCAGGUGCAACUCACCAGGCUCAGGGCGGGUGGAGGAGGAGGAGGAGGUGGCGGCGGUGGCGGUGCUGCUGCUGCCUCCCAGGAGAGGAUGCGGACUAGUGGUUUCCAGGAGAGGAUGCGGACUAGUGGUUUCCAGGAGAGGAUGCGGACUGGUGGUUCCCAGGAGGGGAUGCGGACUGGUGGCUCCCAGGAGAGGAUGCGAACUGGUGGCUCCCAGGAGAGGAUGCGAACUGGUGACUCCCAGGAGAGGAUGCGGACUGGUAGCUCCAACCACACUAUAGCUUCCAAAUCCAUUCAUGAGGCAGCUGGCGGGGAUAGUGGCUCACGACGGAACCAAAAGGGAGUCCUGCCCAAUCUGGUGAGUCUGGGCAACAGAGCCUUGCUGAUGAACAGCGGCGUUAGGAUGGCCAGGAGAAGUGAGAUGGACUUUCCAAAGGCCAGACCUGCAACAGGGGGAUCCUCCUCGAACUUUUCCAUCCAAUCUGAUUUGCAAGAUAAGAAAGAAGAGCAUGAAGGUCUUCCAAGACAGGAUCAGGAUCGAGAAUGCCUAAGGCGGGAAAGGAAGUCGCGUCGGAAGCAGCACCUCUCGAUGGAACUGAAGGAGAGUAAGCCAUCCCCGAAUCUGACCCGUGAUUUAACCAACCAGCAGAGCUGGAUGUUGGCCCAAUCCCUGCUAAGGGCCUACGGAAGCGGUCUGGUUCAUCCGGGAAAUGGUGAGGGAACGCCCGCCAAGAUGGACUACAUCACACUGGCCGGACUGGUGCUCGGCUGUGUCGCCUCCCACGUCCUCUUCCUGCUGUGCUGGUACUUCAGCUGGCUGAAGAACCAGGCGGUGGGCCUGCGCAAGCGCUUCCUGGGCAAUGCCAAUCUGUGGGAGUUCUUCGACCUGGAGGACACCACCCGGUUCUCGUUGCAGACCAAGUUGGUGCUGGCACCGCUGAUCGUCGUCUGCGCCCUGCUCUACUGUGUGGUCAACAUGCUGCAUCUGGUGGUGCAGGUGGUGCGAUCGGAUGUGCCGCGCACAGUGGUUGUGUUUGUCCAGCGGGUGGCGAACAGUGGGCUGCUGGGCACCAUCACCAUGGGAUUGGCCGGAUUGGGCGGCGGUGGUGCUGUACGGGGACGCCAGAAGCCAGCGAGCCGAUAAUCCUUCGUAAAUUGUCCGUCAAGGAAAAUGGAAAACAGGAAAUCAAGGUUGCCAUUCAACAGAUCUAACACGAUUCCACAUCCGCCGUCCUAGUUAAACUGAUUACCUGGUCAUUUUUCAUGUGUUGGUGGCUUAUUAAAAAAAAACUACAAACUUGGGUCA